UGGCGCAUGCGCGUUAUGCCGACGCCAUCUCUAAACUACUGUGCGUAAUAUUUGUUGAAAAUUUCACUGAACUGAGUUAAUUUUAUGUAUGUUAAUUAAUAUUUAAAAGUGGUAAUAAUGAAUUUAAUGUAUUCCUAAUAAUAAAAAGUGAUAGUGCUAUGUGACCAACGGUCGUGUUAAAUAUAUCGAUGCUGACGGCGGGUAUCGGUGUUGCGGAAGUUCUUAGUCAGAUGUAGCAACGCAUAUUUUUAUAGCUAUUUCCACUGCAAUCUUUACAUAUUGGUGUCGUAAGAUUAUAGUGUCUAACUUUUAAGUGUAAACUAAUUGUUGCUACAUUUCUAACAUAAAUAAUUAGGUAGGUGUAGAGAGUAGUGAUAAAAAAGCGGGCAAUUGCUUUAGCGUUCUUACGCGCGUACCGCGUUUAUACAUAGACAACAGUUUGUGAUAUGUAUGAAUUAUUGUUUUGGGUCAAAGACAUUUCAGUGUGUUAACCUGUAUCGACAACAGUGAAACCGCGAUAUUAAAUGUUUUUGAAAUAGACAGCGAAGUAAUAGUAUUUGUUUUUUGAAAUGAACUCUGCAUUAAAGCCAGUACUUCCACAACCGGGCGUACCUCAACCGGGGGGUCAAGCUAGUCCUGCUAAAGGUAAUGUGGCUAGCGCUAAUCACACAGUGGGCUUACCCCAGGGCGCGCAAAAUUCCCUCCUUCCUGGCACAAACAAUCUUGUAGGCCAGAAUUUAAUCCACCAUAUACCUAAUCCACCACCGGUGCCCGCCCACGCAGUACCAUCGAUGGCGCCAAUUUCAGCUAACAUGGCUCAGAUGGCACAAAACAUGAGCCAUCAUGGCAACCUCUCACAUGCCACACAAAACUCAAUAACUCCAACUAAUGUGGCAGCAAGUCCCAGCAAAAGUGCAACAACAAGUGCUCCUGCUCCAUUAAGUCUUGUGCAAGAUAAACCGGCAACAACUCAGCCCCCACAACCACUUGCUUUAACAAGAACACCGGAGAAAAAAGAACCUGAUUCUACAGCUCAAGCAAAUGGUGCUAUAGACUCUCCUAAAACUGGAAGUAGUGCACCAGCUCCAUUGAAGCCACAGAAUCCAGAAACAAAAGAUAAGCCAGAUAUAGCUAAAACAUCACCCAGUACUCCUAAACCACCUGAGAAACCUGUAACAUCUCAGAAUAUACCACAGAAAGCAGAAACAUCUAAUACUGGAAGUGCAUCAGAUCCUCUUGUACAACCUAAAGUAGCUACAGCUAAUGAGCCACCUGAAAAGUCUCCUUCUAAACCAAUAGAAUUAAAAUCUGCCCAAACAGCAGAUGUUGCACCAACUCAAAGUGACAAUAAACCAACACCUGAAUCAGCAAAUGAAAAUCAGUGUCAAGCUUCCACAAUGCCAUCACUUCAAAAAGAAUCAUUACCAAUUGAAAAUCCUAAGCCAGAGCCACCAAAAUCAGAAGAGAAUGGAGAAAGUCCAGUAAACAUACCUAACUUAGAUGAAAAGGUUGGUGAACAAAAAGAGCAUGAAGAUUCAUCAAUCAAAUCGGAAGAAAAUAAAACAUCAAAAGAAGAUAAAACCGAAGAAAAGUCAGAUUCUAAGACUCCAGUAAAGUCGGAUAAUAAAAUAGCUGCUAAGUCAACACUGAAGUUAGCUACAGUCACUCCUAUGAGAAAAAGAAGACAAGCAUCUGAAAAAAGUGAAACAACAUCGACCAAAAAACCUGCUGAAGAAAGUACACCUGACACAAAAGCUAAGAGAAAUCGGACUAAGGUUCAAUUAUACCAGUCACCAACACCAGAAAUAGCGAUGGCCACAAAGUUGUCAGCCUCAGCUGCUGGAAGAUCCACUCCAACUAAACAAAAUGAUGACAAACUUAUUGUAUUUUAUAAAAAUGAAUAUUUGGCUGUACGAAAUGCUGAAGGAGGUUUCUAUGUAUGCCAAGCUCUACAGAAUGUAUACCGUACUACACGAAAAAUUAAAAUAAGGUGGCUCUCACAAGAUAAAGGCGACCCUACUGGAGAAACAUACAAACCAGAUUUUUAUGAUGUCACGGAUAUGGAAUGUGUACUAACUACACUAUCUCUGACGCGGUCUGCAAGUGGAGGCGGGGCGUGGUUACUGCGACCAGCCGAACAAGCUCGCGCCACUUCUAUACUACAGAGGGCGCUGAAGGCUGAACAAAGUGGGGCCAACAUACACUUGACGGAGGAACACCCUGACGGACUGGAUCUCUCGCUGUACACAGACGAGUCACAACUCGAAAAGAAAUCGAGGAAACGCUCCAGCUCAAAGUCUUCGCCUAAUUCGAAGGAGGACACUGAUACUUCGAAGGAAGAAGCGACCCCUAGUAAAAAAGCCCGAACGACACCAAAGCGCAGUCCGCGCUCCGCGAAAAAGAGAAAGUCCCCAAAAUCGGGCAAAAACCCCGCUAAAGCGAAAUCAUCAGGUAGUACGCCCAGUGUGGCGGUCACAAGCAAGGUAGGCAUAGUACGGCGGAUUUAUAGACAUACGGCAACUGCGGUGUCUGAGAAAUCGGAUAAAAAAACUCCGAUGAAAAAGACGCCCACUAGAUUGACCAAAGCCACACCGGCCAAAACCUCGCCGGCCAAAGCUGAAUCGCCGGUCACGCGCAAGGGCAGAAGAGCGGCUAAAGAGGCAAAAAGCUCACCAAUCGUUCCCACUCCCUCUACAUCGACGGGUAAAACCACUCGCACACCACGAAAACCACCUUCCAAGAAAUAAUAUACACAAAUGUAAUGUAAGCUUACGGUUUUGUCAAAGUGACAGUUACAGCUUGGCAACAUUUGUGGAAAUAAUUAUAUUGUGGGGAAUGUGGCAACACAUGGAAUUGGAAAUCAGUUUAAUUUUUGUUUGUUUGUAUUAUACUCGGCAGAUUUAUGUUACAAUGAUUUGUAAUUUUAGAUAGGUGUAGUCGAUCCAUGUUUUGCCAAGUUGUAAAUGAAAGUAAUGUGCCUAUUGUUAAUUAGUUUGGUAACUAAGAUGAUUUUAAGUAAACUUUACUAAGGACUAUGUAACUGCCAUUUUACAGACCAUUACUUCAUUAGUGUAGGUUUAUUAAAAUAACUAUUUGAGUUAGGCCUAAUUUAUAAUCAGGGGCUUCGAAAAGGGAUUGGUUUCGUUGUCUAAAUAUUUUUUUUUGUGUUAACCGUUUCUCAGUCUCAUUCCAUACUUUUGCAUGGUCAUGGCGUAUCUAUGCCGUGUCAGUCUCUAACAAUCAUUCCACUGUCUGCUCUCCCUCUAUCACUUUCGUAAUUCCUAAAAACUUUUCAAAGUUUUCUUUUCAACUGUCAUACAACCCCUCAUUGCUCUGUAUAAUGCCACACUAGUUCUCAAUUAAACACUCGAAAUGACAAAACCGUAAGAGGAAUUUCUCAUAAUUGUAUUUACCUGGAAAAGUUCCACAGCAUAAUAUUUUUUAAUUGUCAAAAAUGGCGAUGUUUUUGUCGGCCAUUUUAUGAUCGCCUUAACGAACAAAUAGUCGUGGUACAACAAAUGCGUGGAAUUGGCAGUUUUAUUUUAUUAUAAAUAGAAUUUUACGUAGAUUUCCACAUUUCUGACACGCACAUUUCAAUUAUACAAUUUAUUCCCAGGCUGUGUUAUGUUCAAGUUUCAUAAUAUCGCAUGCUGACUUGAAUAUCACUUAAAUCACAAUUUUAAUAUCGUUUUAUAUUUUAACAUUUAACGUAGUUUUUAUAUAUGACAUGUAAACUUAUGGAAUAACGAAUGUUGUACAUAAAAAUAAACAAAAAGAUAUCAUAUUUUAAUAACGCUGAUUGAAAGAGUGACACAAUUUGCUCUAAAAUAAUUUCAUUUCAGCGAAUCGAGUCACUCUAUUUUUUGGCGAGGCGUUAUAUUUUGAGAUAUUUUUAUCUCAAGUGUUAAGCAAUAGAUAAGUUAUUAUAGGAUUACUUUUUAAAAUCUUUAGAUAUUAAUACUUAGAAUAUUCAAUCUACGCAAAAAUGUAUAUUAGUACAAAAUAUCGAUAUUAAAAAUCAGGAAUGCGAACAUUAAUAUAUCACCCGAUUUGGAAUAAUUUAAAUAAAUUUAAUCUGGACCAAGCUAAUUUAAAAUUAUUAAAGCUAGAUGCCACAAGUUUGGAUGCCGCCUCAAUACAUAGGCUUUUCAUAUCUUACUUAUGACAUAUCUCAAUACAACUUAAUGCAUUCGAGAAUGGGUUUCUUUAUUAAUAACUAACGAAUUAACUCGCUAGAACCACAAGAGCGUUGAGCGACCAAAUGCAACGUUCUAUUAUUCGUAAGAAGGUUGUUGGAACCAGAAUGUUUAUGUGUUUGUGACUAAAUAAUUUUCACAACCGGCACAAUAUUGUUAUGUACUAAUACCAUUUGUGUUUUGUUUCGAUGUAUGGGUGACGUUAUUGUUGCAACGAGCUCAGAGUGCGCGUGUGUUUGAAUUAAAUCUAGAUACCUAAGUAGGUGGUAUAUUAUUUUAAGAUUAAAAGUAGUAUAUAAAUUAUUGCGUGUGAAUUUUCUGUUUUUAGAAUGACUGGUCGUCUGAUACAAUAGAUGUAUGAAAAAAUUUAGCGUUUUAUACAAAAUUAAAUAAAUCAGUCAAAGAUUACUAUUGUAACAGAAAGUCCGCAAAUUUAUAUGCAUUCAGAAAUAAAUAUAAAUAAUUUAAG